AUGAGAAGUGACUCAGUGGGACCAUGUCACAUUUGUGUUUGGUGCUGGCAUCACAUAGUGGACAUGGCAGAGAAAGAUCAGAUAGAAGGGCGUUGUCCAGCUUGUCGCACACCAUAUGACAAAGAAAAGAUUGUAGGGAUGACUGUUGAUUGCGACAGUCUGGCCUUUGAAACCAACAUAAAGAAGACUCAAAAGUCAAAAUCAAAACCUUCUGAUGGGAGAAAGCAACUCACUAGUGUGCGGGUCAUCCAAAGGAAUCUUGUUUACAUUGUUGGGCUACCUCUUAAUCUAGCAGAUGAAGAUCUACUCCAUCAUAAAGAGUAUUUCGGUCAGUAUGGAAAAGUUCUAAAGGUUUCCAUGUCCCGAACAUCAUCUGGUGCCAUCCAACAAUUCCCAAAUGAUACAUGCAGUGUAUAUAUUACUUAUGCAAAAGAGGAAGAGGCUGUCCGUUGCAUCCAGGCCGUUCAUGGGUUUAUCUUGGAUGGUAAAUCACUGAAGGCGUGUUUUGGGACAACCAAGUAUUGUCAUGCAUGGCUGAGAAAUGCGGCGUGUGUUAAUCCUGAUUGUCUCUAUCUGCACGAGGUUGGUUCUCAAGAGGAUAGUUUCACAAAAGAUGAGGUCAUAUCUGCCCAUACAAGGAGUAGAGUUCAGCAAAUCACUGGAGGAACAAACAUUCUGCAGCACCGUUCAGGGAGCAUGCUACCUCCACCACUAGAUGCUUUUUGCAGUGACAGUUCUUCUGCUAAACCAAUUGUAAAAGUUCCUUCAAGUAAUGCAGCAAGUGUUCCCAGGCAUUCUCCACCUAGUGGGAGUGGGAGCUCUAGCAGAUCCACUGCUCUUCCUGCUGCAGCGUCAUGGGGUACACAUAUUGCAAACCAGAAGUCUCUAGCAACUUCGGUUACCCCAAAUGGAUCUUCUGAUAUACAAAGAACAACAUCAGUAAAUGGAACCUUGGCCUUUUCUGCUGUUGUUGCAAACGCGGCUCAUGGGCCUGUAUCCUCUAGUAACAUUCUUAAAAGACCAUCAAGCAAAGAAGAAAAUCAAAAAGUUGUUGACAGAAGCAAGUUUAGGGUGUUAAAGCCUUUGCAGAAUAGUGUUGUGGUUGAUUCUGGGUCCAAAAGGACUACCUCACCUGAUAGAGAUUCUCCUAGCAAUCGGUUAUCCAGUUCAACCGACUCUUCCUACGAUGGGAGAGACAUUGAAAAGCCUUCAGCUGCUGUGAACUCGUCUGACGAUUCAGAUGAAGCUGUAGAAGAUGAGCCUACUGUAGGUAACUUGCGUGUUGCUGUUUCUCAAGAUGGCUCUACUGUAGGAAACUUAGCUAUUAGUGUUUCACAAAUGGAGAUAGCUACAAGUUCGAGAGAUGAGCGUCAUGAUAUUUCAAUGGCGAUGGGUAGCAAGUGUGAUCAAGGUUCUAUUAGACAAUCUGAUCAUGAAUUAUCAAAGUUGUCACAUCUAGAGCAAUGUAAGAUGGAUAGCUUUAUAAACCCUGAUAAAAAAAAUAUUCCAUCAGAGAAUGGGGUCCCCUGUACAAGGCCAGAGUGGGAUUGGAGAUUAGAUUUGCAGUCCCAGAUGCAAGUCAGCUCAAAAUUGGAUGUUGAGGAUAUCUCAUCAUUUGAUGAUAGGCAAAGGCAUCACUGUGAAGAGGAUGUUACCCACUCCCGGUUUUUGUCGAAUUCUUCUAGUUCCAUUUUGGCUUCAAAUCAUCUGUCUUCUCGUUCUUCCCUACCUUGUGAAUCUUCAGGUAUAAACGGUUCAAACUUGAGGCUCCCUUCGGAUAGAGGCAGCGAUAGAUUGCAGCUUCCAAAUGGGUUUGGUGAGAAAUCCAUGUUCAAUGUGGAGCAAGGCAGGAACAAAGUUCGCAGUGCAGAGGAUGAAAUAAUCUCAAAUAUUUUGUCACUCGACUUUGACCCAUGGGAUGAAUCCUUAACUUCAUCCCACAAUUUGGCUGAGUUACUCGGUAAAGUUGAUCAGCAAUCCAGUCCUCUAAAACCUUCAAACCUCCUGAAGCAACAUAACAGCCAGUCCAGAUUUUCUUUUGCACGGUAUGAAGAAUCUACUAAUCAAGCACUUGACAGGGAGAACCAUAGCAUCUAUGGGCAGUUUUCAAGAGAUCGGCCUAUUGCAGAGUCUGUAGUGAGCCGAGAUAUUUAUCGGGAUAAUCUCGGGAAUCUAAAUGGAUUUGCUUCAAACUACUCCGGUGGAUUGGAAAAUGUUGCUGUUAGUUCUUUAUUUUCAUCUUACAAGACUCCUGCAGUUUCACGGCCCCAGGUUUCUGCCCCUCCAGGAUUCUCUACGCCCAGCAGGUUACCUCCUCCUGGCUUCUCUUCACAUGAAAGAGCGGGCCUAUCUUCAGAUACUGCACCAGGAACUCGUUUUCUUGACUCUGCCUCUUUGCUGAGGAAUGCGUAUCAAGUACCGUCUCCAGUUGGGAAUCAGAGUGGUGCAAGUGAUAUAGAGUUUGUGGAUCCUGCAAUUCUAGCUGUUGGAAGAGGGAUGGUAAAUGCAGAGUUGGAUAUGAGAUCAGGUUUCUCAUCACAAAUGAAUUCUUAUGGGAAUGAGACAGGACUCCAAAUGUUGAGACAGCAGUCUUGGUCUGCUGCACAACAACAAGUCAAUGGGUUUCAUCAUGAUCCCAGAAACUUAUCUUCUUCACCUAUCGAUCCUUACGGAUUUAACUCAAGGCUAAUGGAUCAUCAGGCACAGGGAAGUAGCUUAUCUCCUUUCUCACAGCACUCAAGACAACAACCAUCUGCAAAUCCAGUCUCGUCUAAUGGUCACUGGGAUAAGUGGAAUGAAAGCCAAAGUGUGAAUUCUCUAAGCAUGACCGAGCUUCUUAGGAAUGAACGGUUGGGAUUCAGUGGGAGCCUAUACAACAACGGAUAUGAAGAACCGAAAUUCCGGGUUCCAAGUCCCGGAGAUGCGUAUAGUAGAACGUAUGGCAUGUAA